GCAGUAAGGUGUCGGCCGCGGUCGCGAGUGCGAGCGGUGUGGAACGUGAGGUUCAGUUCAGUGCCGAGACUACGUCGUUCCGCCUGUCUGUGCGUCACGGCUGCGAGGCGGCGGCUCUGGCGUCGGCACGGGCACAGGCUGCCCGCGACAUGCGGCGGUAGCAGCAGCAGCAGCAGGGCGGAGGCCGGGAAGACGGCGGGGCCAUCGAUCCGCGGCCACGACCACGGCGACUGGAUGGUGCGAUGGUGCACAGUGAGGGCGGCCCCGGCACCAGGGCCAUGUUCUACCGCGACAACUCGACGUCGGCGCUCGGCCUGCCCAAGAGCCCCAGCUUCCACAGCGGCCUAGAUCUGGUGGCGGCGGCCGACCCGGGGGUGGCCGGUGGGGGGGACGGCGGUGGCGUCGUCGGGCUGCCCGGCGGGGGCGCCAUGGCCAAGGCCGGCGAGGCGCGCUCCGCCGCCGACGUGCUGGGCUACGGGCAGGCGAUGCCCAGGCAGCUGCCCCCGCUGCUAGAUGCACCUGCCAAUGAGAGGGAACAGCUGUUCAUACAAAAAAUCAGACAGUGCUGCGUGUUGUUUGAUUUUGUGUCGGACCCACUGUCUGACUUGAAAUGGAAAGAAGUGAAAAGGGCAGCACUCCACGAAAUGGUGGAGUACGUGAGCUCGCAGAGGGGUGUCAUCACGGAUGCCAUCUACCCGGAAGCUGUCAACAUGUUUGCAGUGAAUCUUUUUCGGACGCUGCCACCUUCGAGUAAUCCCAACGGGGCGGAGUUUGAUCCUGAAGAGGACGAACCCACCCUGGAGGCAGCGUGGCCCCACCUGCAGCUCGUCUACGAGUUCUUCCUACGGUUCUUGGAGUCUCCAGACUUCCAGCCAAAUGUCGCAAAGAGAUACAUCGACCAGAAAUUUGUUUUACAGUUGUUGGAAUUAUUUGAUUCCGAAGAUCCUAGAGAGAGAGACUUUCUGAAGACAACUUUGCAUAGAAUUUAUGGAAAAUUUCUUGGACUUCGCUCAUAUAUAAGGAAGCAAAUAAACAACAUAUUUUACAGGUUUAUUUAUGAAACUGAGCAUCAUAAUGGCAUUGCAGAGUUGCUUGAAAUAUUGGGGAGCAUUAUCAACGGUUUUGCACUGCCUCUGAAGGAGGAGCACAAAAUCUUCCUGUUGAAGGUCCUGCUGCCUUUACACAAGGUGAAGUCGUUGUCUGUGUACCACCCACAGCUGGCCUACUGCGUGGUGCAGUUCCUGGAGAAGGACGCGUCCCUCACGGAGCCAGUCAUAAGGUCGCUCCUCAAGUUCUGGCCCAAGACACAUUCACCAAAGGAGGUAAUGUACCUGAAUGAAUUGGAAGAAAUUCUGGAUGUUAUUGAACCAGCAGAAUUUCAGAAAGUGAUGGAUCCAUUAUUUCGUCAACUAGCUAAAUGUGUUUCCAGCCCACAUUUCCAGGUGGCAGAACGGGCCCUUUAUUACUGGAACAACGAAUACAUUAUGUCUUUGAUAAAUGACAAUGCUGCUGUUAUACUUCCAAUCAUGUUUCCUUCUCUGUAUCGCAAUUCAAAAUCUCACUGGAACAAGACAAUACAUGGAUUAAUAUAUAAUGCUCUGAAGCUGUUCAUGGAGAUCAAUCAGAAACUUUUCGAUGAGUGUACACAGCAGUUCAAACAGGAAAGACUUAAGGAUAAAGAACGCCAGAAAGACAGAGAGGAAGCUUGGAGUCGCAUAGAGGAAUUGGCUAUGAGAAAUCCCGGAUAUGCACCAUCGAGAACAAACAGCAUUGCCAGCAGUAUGGAUGAAAUGUCUUCACCUCUUGGGGAAGGUGAAAUUGAAGAUGAUUUGUCUAUGGAAAAGCUCGAACUGGAAGCGAGAGAGGUGAGGAAAACCUGCAACAAAGAGAAACCAUUACUCCGACGAAAAUCUGAACUUCCACAUGACACAUAUACUCUUAAAGCUCUUAUUGACCACAAGCGGGCUGACGAGUAUCUUCCAACGCCACCUGAUGUCAACAAGUGCUAAUGAAGGCAGUUUAGUAACCGACAUGUCUGACUCAGUGGAAGCAGCGCUUGAGGCGGAGCCAGAGGACGUUGAUACAUCCCUACACAAGUUCCGUCAAGCAGUUCAGCAAAGUGAUAAUGCAGUUGGCUGUGCAAUUGCAAAAUAUAUUAAUAGCUGUUGCAGCUGAAAUAAUCCUCACAUUUACACUUUGAGUUGUUGCAGUUCAGUAAUGUAGGAGGAGCAUGAUUAUAAAGUGCUUUCCAGGAACAUUAGAAAAAUGAGUAUUUGGAGACUAACAGGCCUGAAAAAAUGGAGAACCUAGUCCUCGAAAAACUAUAGAUUUGCAGCGUUACCUCUGUAUAUAUCCUUGCAGGCAUUUUGCAACAAUCCAGAAAAAACAUGUUUAUAGUGCCAGGAAAGCUUAUGACUGUGGGUGUGCAAAGUUGACCAUAAAAUGUAGAUAACCUAUACACAAUGUUUUUGUUAUUGUCUGAUUGUGCUGCCAGCGUAUUUUCAGUGUAAAUAAAGUGACUUAUUACUGCUGUAAGUCACUCUGUUUCGCCGAUAUUAAUUUUCAUUUUAGAGGUGAUGCUUUUCUAUAUUGAAGGCAAUAAAGUUGGGAGAUACGCUGUGUAGGAAAUUCUGGUAAUACAAUUAAUUGCUUGGAAGAAACUGAUGGGGUGUGUGUGUGUGUGUGUGCGUGCGUGCGUGCGUGCGCGCGUGUAGAGAGAGAGCUAAAUGCAGCUGAAAAUUUCAUAAAUUGUUAUAUAAGGUAACACUGCUUAUUAGUAUGGCAACAUCAUGAAGCUGUUUAGUUCAGGAAUGGCAGCAUUCCCUUGAACAUGGGAUAAUUGCAGAGCAUCUAGUGAUACAGAAUAUAGCUUAUUUCAAAAUACUUAAUGGGGUAGUCAAUAAUUGAGGAACUUCCAGAUUCAGCGUUUGGAUUUGCCAGUCUGACACAGUGAAUAAUGCAUACUGUUGGAAAAAUUGUACUUUUGUGGCCUUUCAAAGUUACACUCAGAAGUGUUUUUGUGCUGUUAUUCUCAUCACUCAGUGGCCUUUGAAGCCGUACUUGGAAGCAGUCAUGAGCUUUGCACUCUUUAAUGCCUGUAAUACAUAAGUAUUGUUACCAAUAUAGAGAAUUAUUUUUAUCUUGUGUACAAUCCUUCCACGUGAUAUGUUGCGGCAUGUAUUUAUAAUGGCAAAAUACAACUUCAUAUCAUUGUUACUCUGAUCAAGCAUGAAUGUUGAUAUGUGAUUCAAGUUGGAUUGACCAUAGUGCCAUAGUUUCAUAUAAUUUGAGAGUAACGUGUGUUUAUAUGGUGAGAUUGAUCACAAUUUCUGGGUAUUUUUAGUGAACUGAUUUUUGUGGAGCACAGAACUGUCAUUGAGCUGUAACUAUAAUUAAUUACCUGGAAAGAGAAAGUUGACAGUGUGGCACUAAUGUAUGAAGUAAUAGUUGAGAUCGGAAGUUAGCUGUGUUUUGCAACACUGGGGAGAUGUAUGAGGCUUCCACCAUAUUUGGUUGAAGCAAUUAUUAUUCGUAGGGAAGAGAUGUUUCAUGAUAAUAAACCUAAAAUUAGAACCUAGUCAUUGAUGCCAUGUAGUAACUCUUGAAUGGAACACUGGUGGGUGCUGUUGAGAACUUUCAAUGUUAUCAAGUCUGUGAUAUUUCUGACUUGAAGAGUUUCCUUUCUGUCUGCAUGUUAUCGAACAGUGUUUUCAAGGAAACUUCUGUGUGUCAAGGAUCUUUUACUGCAUGUACAUCCAAAAGCAUGGUAUUUUUUACUAAAAUAUUGAUGGAUGAUUAUAAAGGCAGGAGGACCAUCGUGUUUUUUUUUUUUUUAAAGGAAGCAGCUCUUUAUCAAUCUGUUACCUUACUCAGAACAAUGUGCUUACACAGCAUGACAGCAAGUUAUACUGUGGUUUUUGUUGGAGUUGCUUGCUGUCUCUUGUUAUUUUGGUGAUUUUGUGCAGCAAUUACUUUUCACAUUGCUUAAAAAUAGAUUUACACUGAAGCUAUCAGAAACAUCAUUUAUAAUGCAACAAACAUGAAAGACAGGGGUUUCUCUCUUCUUGCAUAUUAUUUUAAGGCAGUAAGGUAUGUUUUUACAACUACAUGGCAUGAACUUUUUCCUUUAUUUUCACUGUGACAGUAUGUGGCGAUCACAUUGUAUUUGCAGCUCAUUAAUUAUAGGGGCUGAACUGAUCAACAGAACAUAGUUACCAGAAACUGUAGCUCUGUUGUGGCAUGUGCUGAAAGUGACUGUGAUGUGUACUUGUUGUACUGUGUGUCCGUAUGUAUGUAUAAUGCUGGCUAUAAUCGUGAUUUUGUAUAAACUACUGGACCAUCAGAGUUGUGUGAUAUAAUUUCUUGUACAGGAUGUUUGGAACUCAGGAACUUACACAAUUGAAAUAUAAACAUUUGAUGCAAGAUAAUGUUUGAAGCUUCUUGAGAAAUGCUCUCCUGGUUUUGAUUCAUUUAUUGUUGAAAAACCAAACUGAUAACUUGGUUAUUAUGUGGGAAGGUCUUCCAUAUUGUACACUAAUGUGUUCCUUGAAAUGAAAAGUAUCACUUGAAGUUGAAGCCACAUUAUUGUGAGUAAAGUUCACUCCAUCUUAAAACAAAGCAGACGACAUAUCUUUUAAUACUGCCAUAUUGAUUUGUCGAGCAUUGUCUUUGUAUUGUCACCUAGGUGUUUUGUUUACUUUGAUGCUAUUUUGAAAACUAUUACCUUAGUUUCAAAAUUCUGAUGUACUUCUGUCUUUUAAUGUGAAAUUUAUUUUAAGCCAAAGAGUUGUAAUUCCAUGAAAGCAAUGGUGAUUGUUAAUAUUUUUAAAAUGAAAUGCAGUAGAAUGAGAAGCUUGGCUUAAUAAUUCACUGCAGGUUACCGUCUGUGGUUUCAUGGCUGGGCAGUUUGACAAUUUUAUAUGUCAGUAACACAAUGUUUGUGAUCUGUUCAAUAUUAUAAGGUGUGCAUA